CCCGUCCCCGAGCGCGCGCCCGCGCCCGGAGCACCAAUCGCAGUGGCGCAGGCCGGCAGGCCGGCGCCCAUAGGCCACGCCCGCGCAGGCCUCACGCGCUGCCGCCACGACUGGGCAAGCUGGCUGCCAAUCAGGGCGGAGCCGCCGUGGCCUCAGCCAAUGGCAGGAGGCGGCCGGGGGUCGGCGACCGGGGCCGCUCUGUCAGCCACCGCCCUCGGCCCGCACAGGUCCCGCCGCUCCCCCACGCCACGGCCGCGUCAUGCCCCACGCUGCCCGGCGCUAGAGCCCGGGCCGCCGCCCUCCCCGCCCGCAGCCGCGCCCACCGCCCAGAGCCAGAGGGAUGGUGGUAGUCACGGGGCGGGAGCCAGACAGCCGUCGCCCGGACGGUGCCAUGUCUAGCUCCGACGCCGAGGACGACUUCCUGGAGCCGGCCACGCCGACGGCCACGCAGGCGGGCCACGCGCUGCCGCUGCUGCCGCAGGAGUUUCCUGAGGUCGUCCCCCUCAACAUCGGAGGGGCUCACUUCACCACACGCCUGUCCACUCUGCGGCGCUACGAGGACACCAUGCUGGCAGCCAUGUUCAGCGGACGGCAUUACAUCCCCACAGACUCCGAGGGCCGGUACUUCAUCGACCGAGAUGGCACGCACUUUGGAGACGUGCUGAACUUCCUGCGCUCCGGGGACCUGCCGCCGCGGGAGCGCGUGCGGGCCGUGCACAAGGAGGCGCAGUACUACGCCAUCGGGCCGCUGCUGGAGCAGCUGGAGAACAUGCAGCCGCUCAAGGGCGAGAAGGUGCGCCAGGCCUUCCUGGGGCUCAUGCCCUAUUACAAAGACCACUUGGAGCGGAUCGUGGAGAUCGCCCGGCUGCGGGCGGUGCAGCGGAAGGCCCGCUUCGCCAAGCUCAAGGUCUGCGUCUUCAAGGAGGAGAUGCCCGUCACGCCCUACGAGUGCCCCCUGCUCAGCUCCCUGCGCUUCGAGCGCAGCGAGAGCGACGGGCAGCUCUUCGAGCACCACUGUGAGGUGGACGUGUCCUUUGGGCCCUGGGAGGCGGUAGCCGACGUCUACGACCUGCUGCACUGCCUGGUCACGGACCUGUCGGCCCAGGGCCUCACGGUGGACCACCAGUGCAUCGGGGUGUGCGACAAGCACCUGGUCAACCACUACUACUGCAAGCGCCCCAUCUACGAGUUCAAGAUCACCUGGUGGUGAGCCCAGGAAGGGCGCCCCGACCCCGGAGCACCGCGUCCUGAGGCACAGCUCCAAGGGCCAGGAGGCAGUGCCGCCCCAUCUCAUGGCCGAGGCCCUUAGGGACCCGGGGCUCUCAGGCUGCCUGGGGCUGGUGGGGUCCAGCCAGGGCCUGGGCAGGAAGCUUAGAGGGGCGUGGGCCCCGCCCCACUGGAGAGCGCCUGCGGGUGAGCCGUGGCUGCGUGGGCGCGCUGGCCUGGGGCUGGGCCGCGCAGGGGGAGGGGUGGGCUGGAGUCCUCAGAACGCUCUGGCCGCCUCUUGGAGACGCGGUCCCCGUUGCCAAAGCCACGUACCAGGAUGGCCUUAGAAACCACCGUUGACAGCCCGCCUGCCGGCUCCCCGCCCUCCACGGCUGCCAGGCCAGUGGCAGAUGCCUGUCUUCUGCUAACCAGGACAGCGGCUGCUGCUGCGGCUGUGUCUGUGCCCGGCCCCUUGAGCUGCUCCCCGGGAGGGACCUUCCAUACCUGUUGCUUUUCCCGCCGCGGCUCUGCGGCUGCUCUGCAGAGGUGCAGGAGGGACUGCCUCCACCGACCUUCCACCUGUCGGAAGAGAAGAGCCCUCAGCAGCCUCUGCCCCUGUGUUUCAGUAUCACCCUGUCUGCAACCUGGGGCCACUGGCCAGGCAUGGACUGUGUCCUCCAGGGACAUGUCCUUGCCGCCUCUACUCCUGGGUAAUCAUGGUGUCCUGGACGAUUCAGGGUGAUACCAAAAGGAGCUCUUUUUCACAUAUAAAGAAUUGAGCCAGGCGGUGGGGUGUGCCUGUGGUCCCCACUACUUGGGAGGCUGAGGUGGGAGGACAGCUUGAGGCCACAAGUUCAAGAUCAGUCUGGGAAACUAAGAAAGACUCUGUCUCAAAAACAAAAAACAACUGAGAAGGAGAGCACCUAAAUCAUCCCGGUCGCCUGUGGGGCGUGGAGCUGGCCAUGUUCGUCUGGGAAGAGGGCCAUACCUCGGGACUUGGCCGAAGUCCUUCAUGGGCAGAGGCCGCGGCCUCCUGAGCCCUGUGGGAGGAGGUUCAGGGAGUGGUUUGCCUUCACUGUCGCUUUGGGGUGGGUGGGACCAAAGGAGACGGGGGUCUAGAGGUGAGGGGUGUCUCGAGAACACCGCUGGUCUCAGCUCAGAAGCAGAGUCCUGCGGCGUGGCUGGCGUGCUCUGGCAGGAAGGCCAUCCACUUGAUGGUGCUCCCUGCUGCUGCCUGCGCUGCUCUUGGAUGGACAGAGGUGGCACCUCAGGAGUGGGCAGAGGGCUGGCAGCAGGCCCUUGGCUUCCCACGCUGGGGGGUGCUUGGGGAGGACACUUGUCCAGUUGAUGCCUGCGUAGAGGCGGGUCGAUACUGUCUCUCUGGUUCCUGCUGGAGCUGCCUGUGUCCCCAGCCCUCCUGCUGUGCCCAGGGGUGAGUCCUCUGCCACCGCAGGGGUUUGGGGGCGAGCUCUGGGCACACUGGGCAGCCAGCCUGAUGCUCCUCCACAGAGGGCUGUCCCUGCCCUGCAGGGUCUGAGCCAACCUCAGCCUCCUGGGCCCUGCGAUCCUCCCUCCUCAGCCUCCUAGUGCAGGACUGCAGGAACGCCGUGCCCCUGCCUUUACUCUUGUGUUUUGCUGGGUGUUGAAGGGCAUGGGGCAGACCCUGUGCUGAUCUUCGUCAGACAUACCUUGGUUUCUUUUUCCAUAAACAACAAAACCUUUGUUUUCUUUUAACCAGUGACCUUUCUACCUUUUUGUGGCAACAAGGACUUUUACUGAUGCUGAGAAGCAUCUUUACUGAGGUUCCUCGUUUAGCUAGUGGGGUGUGUUGCUGGAUGUUCCCCUGUGCCUCCUCUGACCUCCAGGCGCUUCUGAGUGAAGGAGUCGGGGCCCAGCGUGGCCUUCUCUGUGGGAAGCCAGGGCCAGUGACCCCGCCCUGGUGUGGUGGUGUGCAGUGGCCGUCUGGGAAAGCCACAUCUCCCAGGCCAUGCCUGCGACUGCAGAGGCCAGGAGGGGUGGGCAGGACGGCUCCCAGGGCCCAGGUGGCCCUCACCAGAAGGGUGUGUUCUCUGGAGAGAGGGACGGGAGCUGCCCUUCUCUGACUUGGUGAGGGUGUGAGGGGCAGCACCUGGUGACCUUACGGUGCGGCGCCAGCUGUGAUGAGAUCCAAUGCCAGAUACUCACCAGGCCCUCCAGACGGCCAGCCGUGCUCUGGGCUGCGGUCGUCCUGGGUGUGCCGAGCGCUGGGCCUCAGGCCAAGGGGUCUUCCUGCUCUGGUGCCUUGCUGGAGGGCUGGGAAGGACCUUAACCAGAGCGGUGGGGUGAGCGCAGUGUGGGUUAGGGGGCUGAGACAGAGCAGGGACCAGCAGCUCAGCGCUGCCUCCCAGGGCAUCCUGCCCACCUGAUUCUGAUGUAAGGGUGCUACUGUGUGAAGAUGACGCACAUCUCAUUGUCCUUAAAAGAAAGAGGUUUUGGGGCUGGGGAUAUAGCUCAGUUGGUAGAGUGCCUGCCUCACAAGCACAAGGCCCUGGGUUCGAUCCCC